AUGAAAUUCCUGAAAAUUCUCAAAAAGUUACAUGUCAACAUCCCAUUCAUUGACGCUAUCCUUCAAAUCCCAAACUAUUCAAAGUUUUUGAAGGAGAUGCUGACUAAAAAGAGGAAGAUGCCCGAGCAUGAAACAAUAACACUAUCUGAAGAGUGCAACGCCAUCAUCCAGCACAGGAUCCCUCCCAAACUUAAAGAUCUAGGGGGUUUCACUCAACCUUGCUCCAUAGGAAACUUACAAGGAAAUUGGGAUUGGGAGAUCCCAAAGCUGGCAGACCGAACAUUGAAACAUCCCUAUGGAAUAAUCGAGGACAUGCUCAUCAAGACGGGAGAAUUUAUUUUUCCAGCUGACUUUAUCAUUCUAGACAUAGAAGAGGCAUCCCAAAUUCCAAUAAUACUAGGAAGGCCAUUCCUGUCAACAAGUCGAGCAUUACUUGAUUUUGAUACAAACAAGAUAGUCCUGAGGGUGGAGGAUAAGCAAUAA